ACCAUGGGGCUGCACAGAGUUCACAAAACACUUGGAACGCAGUCCAAGGUGGCUACACCAGGACACGCAGACGCAGACCAUUCGUCACCUCGCGUGCGGGGCUGCCGUGUGCCGCGACGUCGCCGUGGCCGCCGCGUGGGGGGCCCCGGCCGAGCGGGAACGCGUGGCGCGACUCCGCCACGCGCUCGGCGUCGAAGCUGACACGGCGCUCCGCCGCAUGCCGCCUCCCGUUGCCUUUUACUCCAGCUCCGUCUUCGCGCAAUUCGAUCACUGUCUCACAGGUCACAACUCGCAUCUCAGACUUCAGCGCUCCACUCACUCACCGUCACCCGACAUUCCUCUCCGUUCUCCCAUCCCAUCCUCAACCUCGGACGGGCUGCUACCAAGGAGGGCCGCCACUAGCCAUGUCGACGGCCGCGCACAAGGUGGCGACGCACGCGGCAGCGGGGAGGCGGCCGCCGAGCGUGCUGAGGGAGAUCGUGUACGGCAUGAGCCUGGGCCUCCUCGCGGGCUACCUGUGGAAGCUGCACCACUGGAGCAACCAGCGCCGCACCCGCGAGUUCUACAGCAUGCUCGACCAGGGCAAGAUCACCGUCGUCGCCGACGUGCCGCUGCCCGGAGCCAACGACUGACGGACGGUACACGUACGCUUCAGUAGUUCACCGGUGCUAGCUGGACGGUCUCCACGCAUGUUGUUUCGCAUGCCACUUCAGUUCAGUACUGUACUCUCAUCAGUAGUUUGCU